CCACCUCUAUUUCUCUUCUGCCUCCUCGAACCUUCUUUUUAACAAUUUCCACUUUUUCUCAAAAAAAAAGUCUUUUCAAAAGAAACCGUCAAAAAGCCACCGUUGAGAUUUUCUUCCUCCAAUGGCGUCGUUCGAUGAAGCACCUCCCGGAAACCCCAAAGCCGGUGAAAAGAUCUUCAGAACCAAAUGCGCUCAGUGUCACACCGUCGAAAAAGGCGCCGGUCACAAACAAGGACCGAAUUUGAAUGGAUUGUUUGGAAGACAAUCUGGAACAACACCAGGAUAUUCUUACUCUGCUGCUAACAAAAGCAUGGCUGUGAAUUGGGAGGAGAAGACUCUUUACGAUUACUUGUUGAAUCCUAAAAAGUACAUUCCUGGAACGAAAAUGGUGUUUCCUGGACUGAAAAAGCCGCAAGAUCGUGCCGAUCUCAUCGCUUACUUGAAGGAAGGUACUGCAUAAGACAGGCACGGCUGGAUAUUUGAAGCUUCUGCUAUUCCAGUGCAUUUUUUUUUCUCACAGAUAAAUAAAUCAGACCAAAAAUAUUAUGGUCAUGAACUGGUUUUUGUAUGGUCUUUUCUUCUUAGUUUUUUUACUUUGUCGAUGAGGCUAGUAGCCUCUUAUAAAAGUAAACAUUCGUUAUUGAUGUGAAGAAUCAAGAAACAAUUUCCACCACGAAAUUCAUGAGAUUUUUUUAA